AUGGAACACACCCGCUCCCACAUGCCCCAUCAUUAUACAACACAAAGCCCAACUUCGUCUCAUUCUUCGCCGCAAGCCCUGCCCAAAGUCGUCUCGCUGAACACUUCGAUAUGGAGCGAUGGUUCAAGCCCUAAUCCGAACGGCUUAAGGUCGACGGAUACCAGCGAAGAGGGGGCCUCCAAGUUCUUCUCGAGUCGUACUAGUUCGAUUGGCAGCAGUCAUAGUGCGGAAAGCACAUCACCCCCUCCCUAUUCUUCACCGACCGGAUUAUCUGCUCCUGUCGUCAAUGAUCCAUCUUACGAGUUUCAGCAUCCAAAUAUGAGCGCUGAGCGUGAGCUUCACGUUGUCCUACCAGAGGCCUGGAUGGAUGCCCCCUAUGUCUUCCAGCUCGCCCAUACACAGGGUUGGGAUAUUCUCGAUGUCCAUAUGCAGCCGUCUGGCGCAGUUCUUGUUUUUGCCACUGCCGCCGGUGCCGCGCGUGCAUUCGCUCAGGUCAAUGGUAGUCAGGAGGGUGUGACUUGGCUCGGUAUCAGUGUCCGCGUUCAGGCCCACUGGGCUGGGGCGGUUGGCCGUGCCAACGAAGAGGAGGCCCAAUCCUACAUCACCAAACCAGGAGGUGGCCCAACGCCUGGACAACUCGAGUUUAGCAUCUUUGUUGGAGACCUUGCCCCGGAAACUACCAACGCCGACCUUGUUGCCGUGUUCCGCAAUCCCCUAUUAGGUCUUCGUACAGAUCGCGAGCCGCGAGUGAUAAGACCAUUCACGAGCUGCCGCAGUGCCAAGAUCAUGGUCAGUCCCGAGACUGGCAUCAGCAAAGGAUAUGGUUUUGUACGAUUCACAGACGAGGCCGACCAGCAGCGCGCCCUUAUCGAAAUGCAAGGGCUAUAUUGCCUAUCACGUCCAAUGCGACUUUCCCACGCUACUGCCAAAUCGAAACCAAACACUGGCGGCUCAGGAGCAGGCUACAAUGCUAUUGAAGAUCUCGAUUCGUAUGUCAUAAGUCGCGCAGGCGCGCACAUCUUGAGCACGGUCCCAGACACAUACGGUCAAUUUUCCCGACACUCGAUUUCCGUCCCUGAUUCAUAUGCCCCUCGGAUGGAUAUGGCCCCUCCUCGAUCUAGGAGUGUCAAUGCCGAAGAGUUACUUGGUGGCCUUGGGGUCGAUGGCAGUCGGUUGUUGGGCGUUGAAGGAGGUCGAGUUCUUGGCAUGGAAGGAAGCCGUGCGCUGCUGAAUUCAGAGAUAGCCUCGCGCGGUGGUGGUUUGAGCGAGGGGGCACGCCUCGAAAGUGCUCGCGCAUUGCUCGGUGUACUCAAUAGUGCAGACCCGUACAACACCACUGUGUUCGUAGGCGGAUUGAGCGGUUUGAUUGCCGAGGAAACAUUGAGGGGAUUCUUCGCCCCGUUUGGGGAGAUUCAUUAUGUAAAGAUUCCUCCUGGAAAAGGAUGUGGUUUCGUUCAGUUUGUGCGCAAGGCCGAUGCGGAGCGUGCUAUCGAGCGGAUGCAGGGAUACCCAAUCGGAGGCGGGAAGAUUCGGUUGAGUUGGGGUAGAAGCCAAUCUGACAAGGCUGCUCAAGCUGCUGCCCAGGCUGCCCAGCUCGGGUUAAACUUGGGUGGUCUUCACCUGAACUCGCUCUCAGCAGCUGAUUCGGCUCGGCUCUUCCAAGCACUCGAAGCGCUUGGAUAUUCUAGCGUUCCUGGAAACGCGAAGCCGAACAUCGGGGGCGGGCUUCAGCAAGGGGGAAAUAACUUCCAAGGUCAACCUGGGACGAACAGCAUAUUUCCCAGCCAGGGUGGCGGACAUGGCGGGCAACAGGGCGGCUUCCACUUGCCUCAGCAGCCGUUUUCACACCCUCAGCCUCCGUUCGUGGCCGAUGGAACUACUUCACCUUCGGGAUCCAUGUCUCCUCAGCAGGGCUCAUUUGCAAAGUCGCAACAAGGCUCUUUUGGACAGUCCGCUCAACAACUUGGCUCCAUGCCACCACAGUCACUCUACGAACCUAGUUCAGCAGGACUUUCUCGCGCAUAUACCACCAUCGGAUCCAGUUUCCAGCCGUUCUCGUCGGAGCCCACUUCGUUUGGUCGCCCUGCUUCCGGAUCAGUCCCCAUGGGACACUCGGCCAGUGCGACCGCUCACUUGACCGCUCACUCCUAUCCUACCCGCCAGUCUCUUGCGUUCGAGCCCGAUAGUUUUGGACUCCCGGGUCGCGAAAGGCAGCUAACAGCUCCGGCUCAUUCCGGGUCCGCUGGGCUGAGCCAUAACUUGAAGAAUCUUAACCUAGGGCUGGCCGGAAUGAAUCUAUCUCAGCGUCGCGAGUUCGGCUUGGACAACAGUCCUCUUACCGCCCCUCUUCGUAACAAUAACAUGAACUGCAACCAGAACAGCGGCGGAAUGAAGCCGUCUGUUCCGGACAAUAACGUAUAUAUCCACUAG